CCCAUCUCCUCAGCUCUGUCAACGACAAAGAGAUUUGAGAUUGAGGGAGGCAGCAGAAGAGAGACAGCAGGAAUCUCAAAGAAGCCCAGUAGUGAUGCAUAGGUGCUGCAUGCCGUGCUGGUAGCAUAUUGCUGUGUCCUUUGUAUACUCUUUCUAGUGCAGGAGGAGGGAAAAAUAAGAAGCCUGAAGCCAUACCAGGAGACCUAUAUAGGCCAACAGAGUCAGACAUGGGCAGGGCUCCGUGUUGCGACAAGUUGAGUGUGAAGAAAGGGCCCUGGUCACCUGAGGAGGACCGCAAGCUCAAGGAGUACAUCCACAAGAAUGGCACCGGCGGCAACUGGAUCGCUCUCCCUCACAAAGCAGGGCUGAAGAGGUGCGGCAAGAGCUGCAGGCUGCGGUGGCUCAACUAUCUGAGGCCAAACAUAAAGCAUGGCGACUUCUCUGAUGACGAGGAUAGAAUCAUCUGCAACCUCUUCACUACCAUUGGAAGCAGGUGGUCGAUCAUCGCGGCACAGCUCCCUGGGAGGACGGACAACGACAUCAAGAACUACUGGAACACCAAGCUCAAGAAGAAGCUCAUGCAUAGCCUUCAGCCCUACACCACGCACAACCACCACAGCACUACCGUGCCAUCAGCAGCGGCGGCGGUGGCGUCUCCAGAAGCUGCUCCCAUCAUGUCGCUGCAGCACCUCUCGUCUCAUGAUUAUUCUCACAUCUACAGCAGCGACGGCAGCUACAGCUCCAAUAACAGCAUGACGUCCCUCCUCUCCGCGGCCGCCGGUAGCCUCGGUCUCCUCCUCAAUGGCGAGCAGCAGGCGACGACGUGUUUGGACAGUGGCGGCGGCCAUGGCAUUUACUUACAGGAACCAUACGCCACCACCAUCAGCAGCAACGUCCAUGGUCAUGGGCUUAGCGCGGAAACCUUCAUCUUUGGGGGCUUUCAGUCGCAGGAAGAUCAUCAUCAUCAUAAGGUACUGCUGCUUUCCGGAUCCGGUGCUGCUAAUAACCAGCUGGAUGAACAAUACAACUUUGCCGCUUCCUGCUGCUACGACGACGAGAAGGCACCGCCGUUGCUUAGUCUGACGGGCGGCGCCGAUGGUGCCGGUGGUACAACUAGCAGCUUUUUCUACGACAGCACCUACAACGAGCACACAGCGACAGCGACGACAACAAGAGCUGGUGCCCAAUAAGGCUAGUUCCUACACUAAUUAAUCACAAUUAUCAUGAACGGACUUUUCGUACGUUACGUACUAUAUGUAAUUUAAGGGCCGGCCACGGCUCAGGAUGAAUGACCUAGCUACGUACUCCAUGUGUGUCUA